AUGGUGUUUGACUUCGAGGCCUUCGUGGAAGAGCCUUCCCUUGAGGAGUUGAACAAAUGCAAAAAGAAAGACCUCAUAGCAAUUGCUGUGCAUUUUAAUAUUUUAUAUUCCAAACAGAGCAGAAAGGACGAGAUCCGGGCGCUGCUUGUGGAUGGCUUGGUGGAGUUGGGCCUGCUCUCGCAACCAGUGGCUUCUGAGGGGACUGAUGAGAGUAUCGUGCCUGCGGGAACCCCAAAGCGGGAGGAGAAACCUGGACCUUCAGAUGGUUCUCCCCCUGGGACAAAGAGAGCGGGCGCGGGGGUUGAUGAACCGCCUAACCCACAGUUCACCCUCCCCCGGUAUGACCCACACUCUCCUCCCACCUCUCCUCGGUCCUUGGAUGCUGCCCGACGCGCUGUGCGCCUGGCCCGCAUUAAAAUGGAAGCUGAGCAGAAGGAACGGGACCGCAGUGCCGAGCUCGAAUUUCAGGUGCGCAAGCUCGAGAUAGAGGCUGACAAAGACGUCAAACUGCGCCGCCUUGAGCUGGAGGCUGAAGGUCGCCUCCCUCCCAGUCCUACUCCCGGCCCUGGAUCCACCGCGCAGGCUGCAGCCCACUCCCCAUCCGUUCACGGCGGCGCCCUCGAUGGGGAGACGCUCUCUGCUAAAUAUACCGGUCCUUAUGUGGUUAAUGAGAAACUGUCUGAUACCGACUAUAUUAUCAACACGCCGGACAGGAGGCGAAAAACCCGCGUGUGCCACAUUAAUAUGUUGAAGCAGUAUCACUCCCCGCGUUACACCGCCCACGACGGAGCCCCCCCUUCAGUGUGUCUCCGCUCUGAUUGUGGCUGA